CACAAAAAUAAAUCCAAUCUGUUUCAUUUUCACUUUUCAAUUUUGUGGGUGUUAUCAAGCUGGUAAAAAGUUUUGAUAUUAAUUACUGGGUAUACUUGAAAAAAACUUUUUUUUUUUGUUUUAAUUUUUAGUUUUUAGUUUUUUUUUUAUAUAUAAAAAGUGGUUAUAAUUUUGUGGGUGUUAUCAAAUUAUCUUAAAAAUUGGAUUUUGAUAAGUGGGUAUAGUUAAAAAAUCAACAUUAUAUCCGGGUUUUUGAUCUUUUUUUGAAUUUUGGUAAAAAAUGGCAGCUUCAAAAUCUGGUGAAAGAAUGGAUUAUUGGAGGGAUUAUUUUAAGUCAUCAAAUGGUGAUAUAUUUGAAAUAAUAAACAAAGCAAUUUUAGUAGCUGCUUCAGAUUAUCCAAAAGAAUUUAGAUUUAAGAGAGAUUGUAUUGCACAAACUUUGUAUUCUUGUAAAUUGAUCAAGUGUAUUGGAUGUGAUAAAGUCGAUAUAGGUGUCGGAUUUUCGAUAAAUGAUGAUGAUAAUUGUAAAAAUGUUAAUGUGUGUGAUGAUCAUCAAGUUGGUGAUUAUAAUUAUAGAGUUGCAGAAGCUUUGAAUGAUGAAAUUGAAGCUGAAUCUCAAAUUUUUGGUGAAGUUUUGAGGAUCAAAGAGAUUGUUGAUAGCAGUCAAGAUGAGUCUGAAUCAGUGUUGUAUAACUCGUUGAGGAAGCUUCAGUUGAUGGAUAUAUCUGUAGAAACUCUUAAGGCAACUGAGAUUGGAAAAUCUGUCAAUGUUCUUCGGAAACAUGCAUCAAAGGAUGUUAGCAGCAUUGCAACGACGCUCAUUAAAUUAUGGAAAGAUAUGGUGGAUGAAUGGGUUAGGGCUACAGAAAAGACAGUGGUUUCUGAAGCUACUCCAGAGUCACUAAACCCGUCUGUUCUUGAUGAAGAAGAAGGCCUUCCGUCUCCUCCUCUUGAUGAUCUGGCUUUCUUUUAUCCUCACUCGUCAAUGGAGCUAUCUGAGUUCUUUGACGGAGUGGAAGAGUACGGAAAUCCUGGAAACAGUGGGGGAUUCAACAAGAACUAUAAUGGGCCGAAAGGGAAUCAGCAAAAACCAUCAAAUGUCCCAACUACUGUUCGUAAGGAUGAGCCCAACACAAAAUUAAAGAAGAAACAACCAACUAUUGUGAAGCCAAUCAAACCUUUGGCUACCGAAUCUGGACCAGCAAGACAGACCAAACCUAACAUGGAAAGAAAGUUGGAAAAUGUUCCAAAGAGACCUCAACAAAAUAACCAAAGGCAAUCGGGGGAAGUCACAACUCAAGACAAAUUUGAAGCUGCAAAGAGAAAGCUCCAAGAACGGUAUCAACAAGCGGAGAAUGUAAAAAAACAGAGAACAAUACAAGUGAUGGAACUACAAGAUCUGCCAAAGCCCAAGGGUUUACCCAUAAGAAAUCAUCAGAAUGUUAGGCCUGGGAGCAACCACAACAGACGCCGUUAAUCAGAUGAAAUAGCAUCAAGAAAUGAGAGUUGGUAGAGUUAAACAGAAAACAAGACUUUUCAAGUGCAAACACACAAUAAGCAUGCAUUUUAUGGGUCUGAUUCAACUUUUGAAAAGAUAGAGAGAUAUUGGUUAUAGCAUUUCCCCUAAUGAUUUACAGACUUACAGUACUCAGAAUUGGUUUGAUACUUAGUUGUCAACAAAAGUAUUAAGGAAAAUGUUGUGUAAUACACAGUUUUUUGCGUCUUAUUUUUAUGACAAAUUUUAUAUGCAUGGAGAUGAUCUUGGAGGCGCGAAAAAUGCUUUUCUGUAUAAAACAAUAGGGGUGAUGGUCGUUUACUCUCGUAGCAAUAAACUCUUCUUUUCACAA